CCAGGACUGAGGUCUCUGUGCCAGGAUCCAUCCUUGCCAAGAUGGAAUUCCAGAGUUUAGAAUGUGACUGUGGCAAGUCAGAGGGUCCUGAGGAACAGCAUGGCUCAGGAAAUGGGGCUGCUGAUAAGGGAAGAAGCUGCACAGAAAGGACUGCCUGGUGUGCUAAUCGCUGGGAAGAUGGAACUUCCUCUGAACUCUCCAGGAAGAGAGGAGGCCUGCGACCGAGACCAGCAGUGCGGGGCCGGGAUGUGCUGCGCCGUCAGCCUCUGGAUCCGCAGCCUCAGGAUGUGCACCCCCAUGGGAAACCUGGGAGACGAGUGCCACCCCCUGAGUCACAGAGUGCCCUUCUCGGGGCGGCGGAUGCACCACACGUGCCCCUGCCUGCCGGGCCUGGCCUGCCUCAGGACUGCUCCCAGCAGAUUCAGGUGUCUGCCAGACUUCAGAAAAGAAGAUGUCUUUUUUUAGCAGGAACUGUUCUGCACUCGAAAGAGCCGCGCAGUAUUUUCGUUCUCUCGUUGUUGUGACCAAAAGAAAGGGGUACUUGCCAGGAGAAACCCUGCACCACUUCCCUGCCUCACCAACGUCAGCUGGAGAUGAGACACUGCUGUUGUGGCCAAAGUUUUCAAGAGGGACUCUCAGUGGAGGAUGAUUUCAUUUUGGGGCAACCAAAAAUAUCUACUAGAGCAAAACUCUUUUUGAGGGCAGGGGCUUGACCAUUCCUGAAUCAUUUUGUGGGCUUCAUGGUUUAGU